AAAAUAAGGGUGCUCAACAGUCAAAAUCAAAAUCAUUAAGCUUCAUUAAUGCUUUCCUCUGUAAUUUCGCCCUUUUUUUUGUCAUCUAGCCUCUAGGAUAUCCUUAUCCUGACAAUACCCAAACAGAAUUUUCAUUCAACAAUUUUCGCCGUUUCUUUGUUUAGAACGAGAUUUGUUUUUUGGGUAAUUAAAAGAGAUGCAGGUUAAACCAAUAAAUAAAUAAAUAUAGACCCUUAUGCUACAACUGGAUGAUAUUGUAACCAAUUCGAUUGUAACAAGAAUCCAAUAAACAAUUGGAAAAUUGUUUCCCAGAAAUUCCAAUUCACAAUGCUCGGAGCAGUUGCAGUCUCCACUCCAUUAUGGCUUUCAGCUCCAGCUCCUUCGAUAACCUGCGAUUCCAUUCCCAGAAUUUGCUUUCUGAGAAGAAUUCCGAAUCCAACAGUGUCAUUGUGCCAAACCCAGAUUUUUUCUCUCUUUUCCACAUACCCUCUCUAUUUUUCUACCUACAGAGACGGUGUAACACAGAUCCAAUUCUCUCCAAAUGCUUCUUCUUCAUCUUCAGUUGGAACUGCAGAAUACACCGAGGAACCAACAACAAAUGUGAAGUUUCAAAGGUCUCUCAGUUUGCCAGGAUGCUCGGGUUCAUUGUCGUUGCUUGGAACUGGAUACAGGGAGAAAGUUUUUGCAAUCAUUGGUGUUAAGGUCUAUGCUGCAGGACUGUAUGUAAAUCUGUCUAUUUUAAAUCAAUUGAACGCUUGGAAAGGGAAAUCAACAGCUGAGAUUCAGGGGAGUCCUUCCUUGUUCAACUCAAUUUUUAAUUCUCCUUUUGAGAAAUCAUUACAGAUUGUUCUGGUCAGAGAUGUUGAUGGUAAAACUUUUUGGGAUGCCUUAGACAAUGCCAUCUCCCCACGAAUCAAAGCACCCGCUGCCAUUGAUGAAUCUGCUCUGUCCACAUUCCGUAGCAUCUUCCAAGGGCGACCCCUUAAGAAAGGAACUUUCAUAUUUUUGAGUUGGUUGGAUCCAUCGAAAAUGCUUGUUUGUGUCUCAUCAAAUGGGCUUCCAUCUAGUGUUGAUGCUGAGAUUGAGUCAGGGAAUGUGACUUGCGCUCUUUUUGAUGUAUUUUUUGGAAAUGCACCCGUUUCUCCCUCCUUGAAAGAUUCAGUUUCCAAGGAGUUGGCAACAAUCCUCAAGUAGAUGCGAUGAGCUCGUUUCUUAAAUUACUUGUUUUUCAGAUAUACUGUAUGUAAUUCUUGAUUACUUGAGCUCCUGUCAAUCUAAUCAGCAUAUGUUUACCUGGCUGGGAAAUUGUUGUAGAAUUUGAAAGAAAAGGUACAUUUCUGAACCAUCAGAGUAACGCCCACUAGAUUUUGGUAAUGGUUUCUUAAUAAAGUUUAAUCUCUCGAUUCCUUGCAUA